UGAUCCUUGGCUAAUCGCAGGUGGAGAGAAGAGAAAGAGAUGCUUACGUAGGAGAUUUAACCCAGCACUGGUCAUAAUGCAUCUUUGCUGAAGCCGGUGAUCGGGCAUUCUGGAUGUGUUAGUUGCUAUGGGAGAUUGGAACACUGUUGCGGUGCCAGCACUGUCACCAGAUAAUACUAAUACGUGGUAUACCUCAACCAAAAGUAUGUCCCCCUCAAGCUUAGGUGUGCUGCGCUCACCACUGCCUUUGUCCAAAAGUACACACAGUUUUUUCAGUGCCUUCUGCACAGAAGAGAAUGUCGAACGGAGCCUUUCCUAUCUUAACAGGGAGCUAACAGCGCUUGGCUUUCCUUCACUUUAUGCUGACUCCAAAGGUAAAGAGUUAUGUGUAGUGUCGGUCUUAAACUGUAUGAAUGAACUGCUCCUACUUCACCGCAAGACUCUGCGAGCGCAGGAAGAAGCAGAAACUCAGCACCUGAAAUUAGGCAGUGAUAUGGAUCACCUGCAGAAUUGCUAUGCUAAAUUAAAGGAACAGUUAGAAACAUCUAGGAGAGAAAUCAUUGGAUUGCAAGAAAGGGACAGACAGCUACAGUGCAAGAACAGGAAUUUGCACCAGUUACUCAAAAAUGAAAAAGAUGAGGUACAGAAACUGCAGAACAUCGUUGCAAGCCGUGCAACCCAGUACAAUCAUGAUAUGAAAAGGAAAGAAAGAGAAUUCAACAAACUGAAAGAGCGCUUUCAUCAACUCCUUAUGAAUAAAAAGGAUAAAAAAAUAGCCAUGGAUGUUCUAAACUAUGUAGGUAGAGUUGAUGGCAAAAGAGGUGCGUGGAGGACCGGGAAAACAGAAGCUAAGAAUGAAGAAGAAAUGUACAAAGCUCUUUUAAAUGAUUAUGAACAGCGUCAGAAACAGCUUCUGGUAGAAAAUGCUGAGCUCAAAAAGCUACUUCAGCAAAUGAAGAAGGAAAUAAUUUCUCUCCUGCCACCACAGAAGCAGAAACCUAAAGAGAAGACUGAAGAUAGCAAUGGCACCGUCCUGUCGGAUGUGGAAGAGGAUGCUGGAGAAGCGAAUAAAGAGAAUGUUUGGGAACUUUCUUGUGAAACAGUGCGCGAACAGCUUGCUAACAGCAUUCGGAAACAGUGGAGGAUGCUGAAAAAUCAUGUUGAAAACCUAGAUAACCAAGUAUCACAUGUACAUUGUGGGUCACUCCAUGAGAAAGAUACAAUCUCAAGAGAAGACCAUGAACUGGAAGUUGAAAGACUGCAGUUGGAAAUUCAGCAGUGCAAAGAAAUGAUAAAAACUCAGCAGCAGCUCUUACAGCAGCAGCUAACUUCUCCAUGUGAUGAUGAUACCAAUAUGUUACUACAGGACUGUUACUUGCUGGAAGAAAAAGAAAGACUGAAAGAGGAGUGGAAAUUGUUCAAAGAACAGAAGAAAAACUUUGAGAGAGAGCGUAAAAGUUUCACAGAAGCUGCUAUUAGACUAGGACUUGAGAGGAAGGCAUUUGAGGAAGACCGUGGAGCUUGGCUGAAGCAGCAGUUCUUAAGUAUGACUUCUGAUCAUAUGAAACCUCAGUGUGCCUUCUUGGGAAGCUCAGAUUUGGAUAAUCCAUUAGCAAAUUUCAGGUCUCGCCAAAAGAAACCAGACCCCUCGCCCAGCAUCGCUACAUUCUCAGAUGUUUGCGAAGCAACUCAGCAAAUUCUUGAAAACAGUUCAAGUGCUCUUCUGAAUAAAACAGCUGAAGAUCGAAGGCCAAGCCAAAUUAAGAAGGAGCCACUAAGAAAGAUGCAGACUAAUGACAGCAGCCCUGUUGCACAGAGUGAUGCAGAGAGUUUACAUUGGCUGCCACCGGCACACUUGCACACAGGCAGUGUAGAUAAUUUGCAUUAGAGUCUUAACUUCUCUUACCCUCUUUCUGUUUAGCAGAUUUAUCCAUAAACUUUCUGAAUUCAUUUGGCAAAACAGGGUGUCUCGAGUGUAAUUGGAUUGAUGCUGAUGAUAGCAGUUGUACUGUACGCGUGGCUUUUUUAGAAUCUCCCUCUCCAAGAAGAAACUUUCCUUUCUGCCCCUGUAUAGUUAAAGCUAUAUUUAAAAUAUAUAUAUAUAUGUCAGUUCUUACAAUGAAUGACCUAGUUCUUUAGCUGAAGGAUGGUGUGAAUCUUCUGACAAAAUGCUUCAGCAUUUGAAUUUUAUAUUUCAAGCAAAAGCAGCACUUUUAGCACUAGUUUAAAAUGAAAUGUUCAUUUGGGUCUCAAGUGCAACUGACACUGGGAAUUUUUUUUUCCUUAACUUGAAUGUACAGUACAUUGUAGAUGAUUGACAUGGCAGGUUCUAUAUUUAUUGUGUGAUUUCUGAUUACCUCUUUUCGUAUCUCUUCAAUAAAAAAAAAGCAAGGCCUUUGCUUUGAAAUAGAUGAGAUGCAAAGGAUUAUGUGACAAUGCUAUGAAACAAGAUUUAUGGAUCCAAAAAAA